AGCAUUAUUAGCUAGUCGGUUACACGGCGACAAGGGCAUUAGGACUUGGGCUAACCUUCUUGGACAUUGUUUCAGGGGCUCACGUUUGUCCACUCAACAUGUUCUGCUGUUACUGCUGAUUUAUUGCUUAGGUAGAAAAGCAUAACACGACCCAUUAAGCCCUACUGCAAUGCGCUGCGGCAUUCACCCUGCGGGCCAAUCGCGACGAGUAUUGCGGUUCGAAGAGACGUCUAGGACGAUUCCAGCCAUGCAAAUUCAGCGGUGUCGCUCAAUCUCAUCGCGGUUUCUAGGGUCGACCUGCAGUGCGUGGCUGCAAUGCAAGCAUGCGGCGACGAACGGACGACGCCGGCUAGCGCCUGUUCUGCAGGCUACAGUUGUACAGGAGGCUGACAUCACGACCUCAGCAGCAGCGGCUGCUAGCCGCCCCGAGCUGCCCAAGAACUUCGAGUCGGCCACCGCGGAGGAGCGCAUCUACAAGUGGUGGGAGUCUCAGGGCUACUUCCAGCCCGACCCCGCCGCCCCGGGCGAGCCCUUCACCCUCUCCAUGCCGCCGCCCAACGUGACCGGCAAGCUGCACAUGGGGCACGCCAUGUUCGCCACGCUGCAGGACAUCAUGGUCCGCCACGCGCGCAUGAACGGCCGCAAGGCGCUGUGGCUGCCGGGAACCGACCAUGCGGGCAUCGCAACGCAGACGGUUGUAGAGAAGAUGCUAGCUCGCGAGGGCACCAGCCGGCUGCAGCUGGGGCGGCAGGAGUUCACCAAGCGGGUGUGGCAGUGGAAGGAGGAGUACGGCGGCUUCAUCACCAACCAGCUGCGGCGACUGGGCGCCAGCUGCGACUGGAGCCGGGAGCGGUUCACACUGGAUGAGGGGCUGUCGGACGCUGUUGCAGAGGCGUUCAUACGGCUGCACUCCAAGGGCCUCAUCUACCGCGGUCAAUAUAUGGUCAACUGGAGCCCCGCGCUGCGUACGGCGGUUUCGGAUCUGGAGGUGGAGUACAGCGAGGAAGCCGGCAGCCUGUACUACUUCAAGUACCCGGUUGCGGGCAGCGAGGGCCGGGAGUUCCUGCCCGUAGCAACCACCCGCCCCGAAACCAUUCUGGGAGAUACGGCAGUUGCCGUACACCCCGAGGACGAGCGGUACAAGCACCUGAUCGGCCGCGAGUGUGAGGUGCCGCUCAGCGGCGGCCGACGCAUCCCCAUCAUCGGGGACGAGUACGUGGACCCGGAGUUCGGAACCGGGGCACUCAAGAUCACGCCGGGCCACGACAUCAACGACUAUGAGAUCGGCAAGCGCCGCGGCCUGCCCACCAUCAACAUCAUGAACAAGGACGCUACACUUAACGCGGCAGCAGGGCCCAAGUACGCGGGGAUGGAGCGCUUCGCGGCGCGUGCGGCGCUGUGGGCGGACAUGGAGGCGGCGGGGCUGGCCCUCAGGAAGGAGCCGCACACCUCGAGGGUCCCCCGAAGCCAGCGCAGCGGCGAGGUGAUCGAGCCGCUGGUGAGCGAGCAGUGGUUCGUGCGCAUGAGCCCGCUGGCGGAGCCCGCGCUGGCGGCGGUGGCGGCGAGCGACAUCGCCAUCCUGCCGGAGCGCUUCGUGCGCACCUACAACAACUGGCUGGAGAACAUCAAGGACUGGUGUAUCUCCCGGCAACUCUGGUGGGGCCACCGCAUCCCCGUCUGGUACAUCUUCCCCUCCGCCGAGGCCGCCGCAGCAGCCCCCGAGGGCCGGGGGAAGGCCUACGUGGUGGCUCGAAGCGAGGCGGAGGCGCGGCGGUUGGCGGAAGCGACCCAUGGGUCAGGCGUGGUGCUGCGGCAGGAGGAGGACGUGCUGGAUACCUGGUUCAGCAGCGCGCUCUGGCCGUUCAGCACGUUGGGCUGGCCCAAGACGGAUAGCCCCGACUACCGUACCUUCUACCCGACACAGAUGAUGGAGACCGGCCAUGACAUCCUGUUCUUCUGGGUUGCGCGCAUGAUCAUGAUGGGUCUGGAGUGCACCGGCCGGGUGCCCUUCAGCACCAUCUACCUGCAUGGCCUGGUCCGCGACGACAAGGGUCGCAAGAUGUCCAAGUCGCUGGGCAACGUGGUGGAUCCGCUGGACACCAUCGCAACGUACGGCACGGAUGCGCUGCGAUUCACACUCGCUACCGGCACCGGAGUGGGUCAGGACCUGAACCUCUCGCUGGAGCGGGUGACCUCCUCGCGCAACUUCACAAACAAGCUGUGGAACGCCGGCAAGUUCGUGCUGUUCAACCUAGACAAGGUCAGCGAGUCCGAGUGGGAGGCCCUGCGCGGAGUGUCGCUGUCCUCGCCCGAGCAGCUGCAGCAGCUGCCACUGUUAGAGCGGUGGGGGGUGUCACUGCUGCACCAGACCAUCGACGAGGUUAGCGAGCGGUACGACAAGCACGACUACAAUGCCGCGGGCAUCACUGCGUACAACUUCCUGUGGGAUGAGUUCGCGGACUGGUUCAUCGAGGCGAGCAAGACCCGCACCUACGGCGGCGACCCUGCCGCGCAGGCAGCCAACCGCGCCGCGCUGGUGUACGUGUUUGAAUCGGUGCUGCGGCUGCUGCACCCCUUCAUGCCCUUCGUCACGGAGGAGCUGUGGCAGGCGUUGCCGCACAAGGGUGAGGCGCUCAUCAAGGCUCCCUGGCCCCAGCGCCGCUGCCCCGUGGACGCCACCGCCCUGGCUCACUUCGAGGUGCUGCGAGGCUGCGUGCGGGCGCUGCGCAACGCGCGCGCAGAGUACAAUGUGGAGCCGGGAAGACGAAUCGGCGCGACGAUAGUUGUGGAAGACGAGGAGACGCGACAGGCCCUGCGGUCCGAGCUGGCGGUGGUGUGCCUGCUGGCCAAGUUGGAUGCGGCUGCGGUGCGGCUGGUGGCCUGUGCGGCGGAGGCGCAGGGCGGGGCGGCGGAGGCGGGGGCGCUGCAGGAGGCGGCUGCUUCCUGUGUUAGCUUGGUGGUUCGGGACGGAGUGCAGGUUCUGCUGCCCUUGGCGGGUUUGUUCGAUGUGGCCAAGGAGCUCGCCCGUCUGGGCAAGCAGCGCACCAAGCUGGAGAAGGACCUGGCGGGCAUCCACAGCCGCCUCAACAACCCCGCGUUCAUGGCCAAGGCGGCGCCAGGGUACGUGGAGGAGGCGCGGGCUCAGGAGCGUGAGGCGCGUGAGAAGCUGGCUCUGGUGGAGCAGAAGAUCGCGCAGGUGACUGCACUGGCGGGCAAGGAGUGAGCCGGGGGGAGGGAACGGAAGCUUGGGAGGGAAGGAGGGUUUGUGGGGGGAGGGGGUGGAAGAGUGUCCCGGCAUAGGGAGUCGCUAUAGAGACCCAUGGGUCACAUUGCUGUUGGGAGCGUUGAGCAUAGCGUGUGCGGGGGUUCAUGGGUUUCAGGUGCUUUUCGCAAGGGAUACCAGGGAUACCAGUUCACGGUUAGCCAGAGGUGUCAAGGGCAACUGAGCACCUAGCGGUGGUGGGUGGCGGCGAGACACAUGCGUCGCGAUGCAGCACGGCUGCCGCCCGCGCAGAACAGAAGCAGCUGACGCAGGUGUGUGGGUGUGCGAAGAUUGCGUGACCCGGUUGUACGCCGCGCUGAGCAGGGCCGGACAUGCGGACGUGAGCCCCCUUCCGGUGUAGCAAGACGAGCUGAUGCAGUACUCUGGGUUGGGCUAUUAAGGGAGGAGGCGAGACUUACCGGUAGGAAGGGGGCUAGAUAGGUGCCUGCCAUGCCACCCAGACGUGUGACAGGAGCCCAGACGGCCUGUGUCUGGUGGCAGGUGGGUGAGGAUGACUGGAUGAGUGCUGGGACCUGCGGUGGAUAGGCUUGGGUUUCUGUACGGUAGGCGGGUCGAUGACUGCAAGGCGAGAAAGAGUGCACAGUCUGAAAGAUGUGCAGCUGAAGGAAGGCUGCCCUGCCUUGAGUUGGUUGUGCCAUUAGCGCUGUAUAACCUAUUGGAACGACUGACGGACCAAACCCUGCCAGAGGGGCUCGGGGUAAAAUGCCAUUGGGUGACACCGGAUUUCAGUCAAGACAGGCCGCCUUUAAC